AAUAAAAAACUUACGUGGUGGGCUAUUAUUGAAGGGCGUUGAGUGUUGAUAGAAUAAAAACAGCCGAACCGGUUUGAAGGAUUUCUCAAAAAAGUUGGGCCGAACUCUGAGUCCAGUUCUCCAAACCCCUCUCAUGGAUAUCCAAACCGGCAUUGGCAGCCGCUGUCCACUCCGAUUCUCCGAACCUCCGUUGGAACCCACCUUGAAACCACACCACCGCCCACUCACUACGCUCAAUCUCAGAAGGUUAGUCAAUCUCAAUCAUCCCUGUUUUCCCAAUUAUUGUUCCUUUCGCUUUUCUUUUUUGUAAUUCAACAUUAAAAUAAAGACAGCCGUCUACCUAUGGUUGUGUUUCUCAAAGUUCGAAGCUUCUUCUGCACGAUACAAUCCAAAGGAUUGCAAACCCUAAAUCCCUUUUUUUCAUUGAGUGUAUUUUUUCACUCGGACUGCUCUACUCAUUCGGAAUCAUCGGGCUUUUCAAGACCAAAAACUGCCCAAAACAAUGUGGCAAUCUUCUGGGAUCUGGACAAUAAACCACCGAACUCGUUCCCACCAUAUGAAGCCGCUGCCAAGCUAAAGGCGGCGGCGUCUUCUUUUGGGGUUGUUAGAUACAUGGUGGCGUAUGCAAAUCGCCACGCGUUUGCCUAUGUCCCGCAAGUUGUUAGGGAGCAUAGGAAAGAGAGGAGGAAGAAGUCGAACCCGUUGAAGAAUAGGGGGCUGACUAAGGCAGUUGAGCCGCAUCUCUGUCGAGUUUGUGGGAGAAAAUUUUACACGAAUGAGAAGCUUGUGAAUCAUUUCAAGCAAAUACAUGAGCCGGAGCAUAUAAAGAGGCUGAAUCAGAUAGAGUCAGCGAGGGGGGCGAGGAGAGUGAAGUUGGUGGCUAAGUAUUCCAUGAAAAUGGAGAAGUAUAAGAAUGCUUCAAGGGGCAUUUUGAACCCCAAUGUAGGGUAUAGUUUGGCCGAUGAGUUGAAGCGGGCAGGGUUUUGGGUUCGAACGGUGCCGGAUAUUCCACAAGAGGCGGAUGCUACCUUAAAAAAUCAUAUGGUGGAUAUGAUGGACAGAAGGAGAGUUGAGUGUAUGUUGCUUGUAUCAGAUGAUUUAGAUUUCGUGGAUAUUUUGAAGGAAGCAAAACUGAGAUGUCUGAGGACGGUUGUUGUUGGGGAUACGAACGAUGGAGCUUUGAAAAGGGUUGCAGAUGUGGGGUUUUCAUGGAUGGAAGUUUUGAUGGGAAAGGCUAAGAAAGAGGCAGGAUCGGUCCUUGGGAAAUGGAAGGACCGUGAUGUUUUGAAGAGAUUAGAGUGGACAUACAACCCUGAAGUGGAGAAAAAGGUAUAUGAUUUUGAGGAUGAUGUUGAGGAUAUCGAGGAUAAGGCUUUUGAAGGAAUUGUUCGUGGGAGGGUUGACGAUAAUAACAUACAAGAGGAGGAUAACAGCGCUUGGUGGGAGCUGGACUCUGGUGAUGAAGUGGUUUCCUCACAAUCACUAAAGAGAUUGGAGUGACAUACAACCCAUACUCGAAGAAUAAUGUUGUAAAUGAUUCCGAGGAUGAGACUGUUGAGGAGACUGAUAUCUGUUUUGAAGACUACAUGCAAAACGAAGACAGCAGUACUUGGUCAGAUCCGGACUCAAAUCCUGAUGCCGUCUCUUCACAAUCAUGUAGAUGGCUGAUGGUGGUUUGUUUGUAUUUUAUGAGUUUGUUAUGUGGGAAACCGGGAAGUUAACUUACCUUCUCUUGGCUAGCAUUUAUCAGAUAAUGACAGAAUUAAACAGUUGGAUCAUCAAUACAUGAUACAAGGCAGUCAAAGUCCCCGCCACCCCGACUUCCAAGUAUUACAGAAUUCAUCGAUACAUGAAAGCACGCAUUUUUCCAUUUUACAAUCCAGUAAACAGCGAGUACCAAAACCAGAGGAAGCCGGGCCUGAAGGCAGCUGAUUUCUUUUGAGGAAGUUGAAAUAAUUAUAUCGUUAGCAUUUGAAUCUUGAAAUAAUAUGUUCAAUUGCAUGGAUCUUAAAACAGGUUGUAUGGUCCUAUAGAUAGAUGAAGGUGUAGUUGCAUUAGCCUUGAUUCUGAUGCAAGUCCAAUGCCCUGGAUUUCACUGACAAGUCUUGUGCGAAAUUCUCUAUGCUUCUCUUCUUGCAUAGGGCAUGUAAUUUUAACCUGAUGCAAAGUACCGUCUCUACUUCAAUUAUUUGAGACUGAAUUGUCGCAAGUUCUGUUUCUUGCAUGGGGCAGUGAUUUUGUGUAAGGUAUGAAGUGCUGUUUAAAUUUAUGGAGGGAUGCUAGAGUCUAGACGAUUGGCAUCUGGGGACAAUUGCAAAUAUAUUUUCUGCAAAACGAAUAACAGGAUUCUUUUUCACCUCCCAAGCCCAUUCCCUAAGGUCCAAUAUGCUCGCCAUUCUCACCCCAGGCUGUUUAUACUAUUUAGUGUUGGGAGGCACAGUUAAUCCAGUGGGGAUUUUGAGUGAAUCGGAUUUCCCUCCGGCUAGAGGCGUGGCACAUUGAUUUUCGGGAUCUACUGAUACUUUUGGGUCCUGCACAGUUCAACAAGAAUGGCUAUUCUUUAAGACGGAAUCAUGCAGCUCAACUACUCACACGAAUGUUCAUGCUCCUCUAAAGUUUCAGAAUUUGCAGACAUUGCUGUUGCCAGCCAACUCAAUUGCAAAAGCUUCGACAAGAGGGGGGUUUCACCCUGCAGUGUCAUUCUCCAUCAUCUACUUUGGGAAUAAUCAUCAUUCAUUGCAAGUUGUUAUGAUAUAAAAUAAAUAAUAAAAUCUACAUAUUUUCAUCAACUUAGAUUUUUUG